AUGGCCUCCCAAUCCAGUAUUGCCGUCCUUCGACGCUUGGAAAUUUUCGCCUUUCCACCUGCCUUCAUUCUCCUCAUCGCCCAUGGCAUUGCAUCUGAGUGUGCCUUUCCCGCUCUAGGGCUGCUUCCCUUGGCUGCAUCAGCCGUUCUAGCUACCUUUAUUCUUAACCGCGACGUUGUCGCCGCCAUCGGCUCCCCGAUUCAAUCUCUUUCCGAGUCCAACAUCUUCUGGGCCGACUGCCUCCUCGCAAUUUUUCACCUCUCCUUUCUUAUUCCUAGCUGGGCUCUUCUGACACAAGUGUGGCCCGACCCUCUCAUCGCGCUGGGGGCCUACUGCACCGUCUUCAUGAUGUUCGACCUUCGGAGCUGCAACUGCCCCCACUGCCGGACAGUUGCCAAAACUGGGUAUUUCUCGUCUACCGUUUCCGAGUACACACCGCUUAGUGAUGGCGACGGCGAGACCGAGCCUGAGAUAAUUGCUCGGGACAUCGAAGAGGGUAACAGAAACGUCCAUCUGUAA